AUGGAAGGAUUAUUCUCGUGGGCUAAGGACAAUGGCGCCAAGAUCUCUGAAGAAAUCGAGGUUUCGAAUCUCCCGGACUUUGGAGACUCGAUUGUGGCCAAGGCCGCUCUCAAGGACCAGGAGCUGAUCAACAUCCCCACUAAGCUCAUCAUCAACCACGAGAAGGCCGUCAAGGAGUUUGGAGCCGCCUCCAGCACUUUCAGCACUGUCGCUGACAAGCAAUCGCUCACCAAGUACUUUUUUGCUGUAGAGAAGAACAAGGGAUCCGACUCCUUUUUCCACCCUUACAUCAGCCAGCUUCCCAAGAAGGUGACGACUCCUCUCUAUUUCACACCUGAGCAGCAGGAAUCUCUUGUGGGCACCAAUCUGGAAUUCUAUAAGAACGACAAGACCGAGCUGUGGGAGAAGGAGUUCAAGAAGCUGCAGCAGUUUGUCAAGACCUCUGUCACCCUUGAGGACUACCUUUACGCCUCUACAAUUUUCACAUCUCGAAGCUUCCCCGAGCGGCUCAUGGACCCCAAGAACGAGGAUCUGUCCAUGCUCAUCCCUGUGUUGGAUCUCAUUAACCAUAAACCCCUAACUGCCGUUGAGUGGAACGUCACCGGUGACGCCUUUGCCUUCAAGGCUUGCUCGGACGUGGUCAAGGGGAGCCAGGUCUUCAACAACUACGGUUCCAAGGGCAACGAAGAGCUUCUGGGAGCUUACGGAUUUGCUCUCAAGGACAACGAGUUCGAUACUAUGCCUCUCAAAGCUGUUAUCAAGGGAGAAACCAUCUUCGACCGAAUCGGAUACAAGCUUGGUCUGCCUGAGAAGCUGCUUACUGCUCUGGACAAGGUCAUUUUCUCUUCGCCUAUUGCUAAGAAGUCUACUCUUGGCCGAGAGCGUCUCCUUUACCUCCUGUACUCCACUCUGAGUGACAAGCUCGCUCGACUCAUGGGAGACGAGGAUGAGGAAGAGGGUGAUGAGGAUGAGGAGCCUCCUGCUCCUGAGACCUCCCCUGAGAACUUCAUUCAUUACUACAAGCAGGGUCAGAUCCGAAUUCUCACCGAGACUCUCAUUACCAUCCAGGAGGAGAUUCAGGGUCUGGAACCCAAGAUCCUUGAGAUGCCUUCUAUUAACCACCAGGACGUCCUGGAGUCUGGUAAUGAGAAGCUGACCGACACUUUCGCCGAUGUGUUCGCUGAGGGUAUCGACAUUGAGGAGCUCUUCAUCUUCACUAUUGCUUGGAUGCUGCAGUACCCCGAGGUGAAGUGGAACGAGAAGCUGACGAAGUUGCAGAUCUAUAUCAAGGAGAAGGCUCUGCCGUUUCUGAUUGAGGCCGAGAAAAAUGGCGAAGACAAAUACUCCGAGGACUUUGUUGGUUUCUACGACGAGAUCAUUGUCCAGAACAACCUCAAGUUCGAUAAGCAGAACAUUCUGCGAGCCGGUGUCAUUUUCGAGGAGAUCUACUCUCAGGACUCUCUUCGUCUGCUAAACUAG